GCUGACGUGGGCGGCGGGAGGGGGAGGGCCCAGCAUUGGGCGCUGGGAGAGGGGUUCCCAACAUGUCGGUGCUCCUGGUUGUGUUCGGACUACGCGAGCGGGCGGCUGUUGCGGCGGGGGGAGGCCAACCAGGAGCGCCCGCAGCGUGAGCCCCAGCCCGGCCCUCGGACACCGGGGCACAGACUCUGCCCGCGGCCAGGAAAUUUUGAAAUAAAGCAGAUGUUGCAUCGUGCAUUGGUAUCUCAAGGUUUUCCAAGUUACUCUCUUCUGUACGUGUUGGCAGGAAUGUAAACCUAAUGUUCUAGAUUAAUGCUGGAGGAAUUGGCUAGAGGUGCAGUUAACAGAUUCAAUAUUAAAUAAACAUGGGUGCAUUCUUGGAUAAACCAAAAACUGAUAAACAUAAUGCUCAUGGUACAGGGAAUGGCUUGCGUUAUGGCCUCAGCAGUAUGCAGGGAUGGAGAGUGGAAAUGGAAGAUGCUCACACAGCUGUUGUAGGUAUUCCUCAUGGCCUAGAGGACUGGUCCUUUUUUGCUGUCUAUGAUGGUCAUGCAGGAUCUCGUGUGGCAAAUUACUGUUCAACACAUUUAUUAGAACACAUCACCAACAAUGAUGAUUUUAGGGCAUCAGAAAAACCAGGAUCAGCUCUUGAGCCUUCAGUCGAAAAUGUCAAGAGUGGAAUCAGAACUGGCUUUUUGAAAAUUGAUGAAUAUAUGCGCAAUUUUUCUGACCUCAGAAAUGGAAUGGACAGGAGUGGCUCAACAGCAGUGGGAGUUAUGAUUUCACGUGAGCAUAUAUACUUUAUCAACUGUGGUGAUUCGCGUGCUGUUCUCUAUAGAAAUGGACAAGUGUGUUUUUCAACACAGGAUCAUAAACCUUGCAACCCAAGGGAGAAGGAGAGAAUCCAGAAUGCAGGAGGUAGUGUAAUGAUUCAGCGUGUUAAUGGUUCCUUGGCAGUUUCUCGAGCUCUGGGCGACUAUGACUACAAAUGUGUUGAUGGCAAAGGCCCUACAGAACAGCUUGUUUCUCCAGAGCCUGAGGUUUAUGAAAUUUUAAGAGCAGAAGAGGAUGAAUUUAUCAUCUUAGCUUGUGAUGGAAUCUGGGAUGUAAUGAGCAAUGAAGAGCUCUGUGAAUUUGUUAAGUCUAGGCUUGAAGUAUCAGAUGACCUGGAAAAAGUGUGCAAUUGGGUGGUCGAUACUUGUUUACAUAAGGUAUUGCGUGAUAACAUGAGUAUUGUAGCUUUUGUUUUUCUAAAUGCCCCUAAGGUCUCAGAUGAGGCAGUGAAAAGGGCAUACUGAGGCUGGAGUAAGCACUUGGAAUCACGAGUGCCAGAAAUUAUGGAGAAGUCGGGUGAGGAAGGAAUGCCUGAUCUUGCUCAUGUAAUGCGCAUUUUAUCUGCAGAGAAUAUCCCAAAUUUACCACCUGGAGGUGGUCUAGCGGGCAAGCGUAAUAUUAUAGAAGCUGUGUAUAACAGGCUGAAUCCACACAGAGAGAAUGAUGGGGACCCUGGCGAACCUGAGGAAAGUGGAACACAGGGGAAAUUGGUGGAAGCUCUCAGGCAAAUGAGAAUUAAUCAUAGGGGCAACUACCGCCACCUUCUGGAGGAGAUGCUAACUAGUUACAGGCUAGCUAAAAUACAGGGAGAAGAAUGCACUGCUGAACCAGCUACAGCAUCUACUUCUGAUAAUCUUGCUGGACCCAGUGACCCAGUGGCAGACACCCAAACAGAAUCUGAGAAUCAUCUUGCUGAAAUGCGGAGCUCUAAUGAAGAUUCAGGGAGAAAUGAGAUGAGUGAUAAACAGGUGUAAUGUCUUUGUGUUGCACAUAGCUGAUUUGAUAGCUUUACCUAGCUGUUGUAAUGUAUUCAUAUGUCAGCACACUGUUGCAUCUGUUCUAGAAAGUUAGUUUGUUUGUACCGUCAUUUAUAUGUACAGACUUUUUAUAUGAAAAGUCAUCCUUUUUUGAGUAAUUUAAAAGUUACUAUUUACUGUAGUUUGGAUUAAUAAACAAAAUGUAAUUUUUUAUAUUAUGUGGAGCAGGAAGCAGGACAUCUACCUUAUUGGUAGUUGGUAAUCUUAAGGUUUUACUUUUUUAAAACCCUGUGGCACCAGUGAUAGGGAUUUUUGACAGAUGCAAAGCAAGUUUUUUCUUUGUGUUGUAAGCUCAUUCCUAGUGAAUGCUGAAUUUUAAUACUUUACAUUACAUAUAUUAAUUGGCAUCUUAAUCAAAUAUACCUUUUUGUUCAAAUUUCUGAACUGAAUUAUUUCACAGCAUGCUAUCCUACAUAUUGCAUGUUUGUUUGAAUUGUAUAUAGUUCACAUUAUCAUAGUUACAAAAAUAAUUUUUCACUUGUUUUAGGAUUUAUGCCACUUUUUUUUUUUCCUCCAUGUAUGGACCUUUCAAUUUAGACUGUAUCCUCUGUUCAGUGUGAAUAUCUUACUUAUUUUCUCGAACUGUAUCCUUCACUAUUCCAUAGUUAUAGCAUAAUGUAUAUCAGACAAUAAUAUGUACUUAGAAUUAGUGUUUAGUGUGGAGCUCUAAAAAUUUGUUUACAUCCAAAUAAAAGAUAUGAUGUGGAAUAAUA